AUGUGGCCAUUCUGGUCCCAACAAGGAAAUAACCCAAUGAAGUUUUCUUUAAGGAAGGUCUACAGCUAUCCUUGUUUUCAAGCACCUGAAAAUACCAACGAAAGAUCAAAUGAGCCUUGUAAUUUGGCAAAUGCACCAAAUAAAUGUGGAGUAGAUAAUAUUUUUUUUGAAAACCAUUCUCACGUUCAAGAACCUGUAAAUGAAUGGAAUGAUGAUAAAUUGGAACCAAAAAAGAAGCCUUAUAAUUUGUCAAAUAGAAGCUUCUCACCAAAUGAAUGUGAUAAUAAGAAAUCAGAGAAAUCUUGUAACUUAGAAACCGAAAAUUCCUUAUCAAAUGAAUGUGAAACUGAUGAAGUUUAUUUUGAAAGCUAUUCUAGUGUUCAAGAACUUGUAAAUGAAUAUAACAAUGACAAAAAAUCAGAGAAAUCUUGUAACUCAGCAAGCAAAAGUUCCUUAUCAAUUAAAUAUGAGAGCGAUGAUAUUUUUUCUAAAAGCCAUUCUAGUGGUAAUGAUAAGAAAUCAGAGAACUAUUGUAACUCGGCAAACAGAAGCUCCUCAUCAAAUGAAUGUGAAACCAAUAAAGUUUUCUCUAAGAAGUCUUGUAGUUUAGACAGAAAUUUUGUAUUGACUGAAUGUCAAACAGAUACGAUUUUUUCUGAAGACAUAUCUUAUGUUGACCUCGAAGAAUUGAAUGCAUAUCCUGAAAUCAAGAAAAGUGUGACAAAUAAAAUGCUUCAAGUGAUUGAAAAAGUUAAAAGAAUUGAAAGAGACAAGUUGGAGGCCGUGAUGAAACUAAUAAAUAUGAAAGAAUCUGAAACACUAAAGAUGGUAGAAACGAUUAUAAGAAGAGAUGAGGCAGAAAAGCGUGCUAUGGUUGGUGAUUAUCAAAGGCUUUGUGCGAAGCCAACGAAAAUAAGAAAUCAAUUUUGCAUCUGGAAAACACAUGUAAUGUGA